AACUCAGUUUCUAUUUUCUGUCCGAAAGCAUUUGCGGUUGUUCUUGAAGCUCUUGUUUUGUCAACAUUACGUAACGGAAGACAUGGCGAUGGUCAAUGCAAAUAAUUUUUUUCGGGAAUUAAUGAAGUUUGGAAAGGGUAUUUCUUUGCAAGUAAGAGCUGCUCAGACUGCUGCUGCUGUUGAAUCAAGAGUUAAAACAUUUUCGAUUUACAGAUGGGAUCCUGAUAACCCCACCGAAAAACCACGUAUGCAAAAUUAUGAAGUUGAUUUAGAUAAUUGCGGACCUAUGGUCCUUGAUGCUUUAAUUAAAAUUAAAAAUGAAUUGGAUCCUACCCUUACUUUCCGUAGAUCUUGUCGGGAAGGUAUUUGUGGUUCAUGUGCUAUGAAUAUCGGAGGUGUUAAUACUCUGGCGUGCAUCUGUAAAAUAGAUACUGACCUUAAGAAACCAGUCAAAAUAUACCCUCUCCCUCACAUGUAUGUUGUUAAAGACCUGGUUCCUGAUAUGAAUAAUUUCUAUCAGCAGUAUAAAUCGAUUCAACCUUGGCUUCAGAAGAAAGACGGUGCACCUGAUGGGCAAAAGCAAAAUUUACAAAGUGUGGAAGACAGGAAGAAACUGGAUGGGCUCUAUGAAUGCAUUUUAUGCGCUUGUUGUUCAACAUCAUGCCCUAGCUAUUGGUGGAAUGGUGACAGAUACUUGGGACCAGCAGUUCUAAUGCAGGCUUACCGAUGGGUGAUUGAUUCUCGAGAUGAAGCAACUGAUGAAAGACUUGAUAAACUGCGAGAUCCUUUCUCAGUGUACCGGUGCCAUACUAUCAUGAAUUGCACCAAGACUUGUCCGAAAAGUUUGAAUCCUGGUCGAGCUAUUGGAGAAUUGAAGAAACUUCUUUCUGGGUUGGCAAAGAAAGAUCCACCUCAACUUACUGGAAAUGCUUAAAAAAUAUUUAUUCUUUUAAUUUUAAAAUAAGAUCUGUUUUAUUUCUUGUAACAAGCACCUGAUAUUGCAUUUCUGAGUAUUAAUAGUUGUGCACUCAAUUAUUGUGAGUUGCCUAUAGUAUCUGUAUCUCAAAAUGUCUGUAUAGCAGUACUGGAAUAAAUCGUUUACCCCUGGAAA